AUGGCGAAGGAAACCCCUUCCAAUAAAUUGUCUGUCAGGCUUAAACCAAAAACGAUCCACACCUACAGUUAUUUCAAACCAUGGGAAAUUUUAUUCGCCUUCGGAAACAUAUUUAUUUGGGGGAUCACCACAAUUUACCAAGCUUUAUUUACCCAUCGUCACGACAAGGUUUUAGUGUCGGUGCGAAACGAUAAAGAAUCUGAUCCAGAGUAUGUCGCGGCGAUAAAAUAUGUGACAAAAAUGUCCGACUCGUUCCAGUGGUUGGCCAUAUUUCGGGUGAUUUUAAGCCGGAAUGUGGCCGAAUUUGCGAUGUUGUUACAUGUGAUUUUGAGAGCGUUGGACACAAUUGAGGACGACGUCACAAAAAGUGUCGAAUGCAGGAUCGCGGAUUUGUCGAAAUUUCACCUCAUUUUACAAGAUCCUGUCAAGAACAAGUUAUCAUGUUUGUAUGGUAUGAACGCCAAGGAGCGAGAUCUCAUGUCCAAUUUGCCCAAACUUGUCAAAGUAUUUUCCACCUUGGAACCAGCCACGAGGGAAAUUAUCACCACGGUGGCGACUGAAAUGGCGACCGGGAUGAUUAAGUACUUACGCAAAUUGGAAAUUUACGACUAUCAAGACUACGAAGAAUAUUGUUAUUACGUUUGUGCCGUAAUUCAGAUGGGUUUUUGGAAGUAUGGAAUUUCUCAAGGAAUGGAGAACACCACCGUUCCCCCGAUAAACCCACGCGGCCCAUUCACCAACAAUCCUAUGGCUGCAUCCAUGAUGUUCCAAGGAGUCCACAUGCUCACCAGUUUCUUCGAAGACUCCGUCACCCAAGCCACCCCGCCAAGAUUGUACUGGCCAAAAUGCCUCGUCCAAAAGUAUGCCCCGGAUCAGCGCGAUUUUUUAAACCCGGCCAAUAUUACGAAGGGUGUCGCCUGUCUGAACGAAUUCGUCGCACACCAUUUGACCUACAUGUGGCCGUCUGUAGCCCGGCUGGACGAAAUGGAGACGGAAAUGAUCCAGGGGGCUUAUCGAUUCAUAAUGCUCCUCCAGUUCGGAAAUCUCGCCAUGUUCUACGGAAACCACGAUUCGUUUAGACGACGCCUCACACCAAGUUGGUUAGAAGUCGUGUUAAUGUUUGAAGGGGGUACGAGCAAGGCACGAUUUUGUAAAAGGUUAAAGUAUUACGGGGAGAUACUUGUGAAUAAAGUGCAAGCCGGGGAUGGUGAGACGGGGAAACUUGUGAUUGAGCGGGUACAUGAAAUAAUGGCGAAGUGUGACAUAGAAUUAAGUAAGCUACGCGUCUAAUUGCAUAUGGAAAUUUGACUAGAAAUAUUUUUUCUGGGCUUUAAAUGUCCUUGUCAGGAGUUUGUUUCUACGUAUACUAACUUGUUUUCAAUUAUUUGCAAUGCAACCAUUUUUCAAGCCAGACCAGCCAAAAAUUAGGAAUCACGUGACACCAUCUUUCCAUGGAAUAGCCCCUUUGAAGAAAAAUAUUGGAACUAGAUGAGUUCAAUUUUGGAGCAGAGUGUGCAAGGGCAAAAAGGCAUGCCGUGCCUAAAAUGCCUUUUUGCCUAUUAGGCACGUGAAUUUUGGCCAUGCCCGAUUGCCCGAAAUGCCUUUUUGCCUUUUUGGUAAAAUCGGGGCAAUGUGAUAAUACGGUCCCAUGAUUAGUUAUGUAGUUUUAAUCUUUCACAAUUCGUAAUUCACUUUCACUUUCAUAAUUCACUAUUAAUCCGAUUUGGAUGAUCGUCGACACCACUAAUAAAAUUAUGUACAUCUUGAGGUGUACAAUUAGUCACAAAUACUCUAAAUUAUCAUGACCAUGACUGCUUAUAUAAGGAAAUAAUGUUGUGGAUUAAUUGUGCAGAACUGUAGGGUUGAUAACAUUUAGAACAACCGAAAUGUAAAGCCAAUCACAUUGUUGUCACACUUUUUUGUCCAUAGAAAAAUUUGUAAAAUGGCAUGAAUUUUUUCCCAAAAAGGCGCCUUUUUGCAUACUCUGUUUUGGAGUAAACUUUUUCUCCCUUUUUCCUCCACGGGUAAACACCAGGUUGGUCUUCAAACUUUGCGCCCAAAAUUUUUGGAUUGAAGGGAUUAUUCUACAGAAAUUCACCCAAUUCCAAACAAAUUGAUUGCACCCACAAAUUGCUGAUUUACGAAACAAAUUUAUCCCCUUUUUAAAUGUGAUGAAUUGGUUACUGGAAAUAUUUGUGGAAAUUAUCUAUCAUACUUAAUAAAUCUUUGGUGUUGUGAUAUGAUUUAUUUUUCUUGUUCAAAUGAAAACCUUUGUUACCUCACUUAAACUUUAAGUGAGUCACUUAUAGUAAGUAUUUAUAUAGUUAUAAACCGUGGUUACCUGGUGUUGAGUAAUAGCUAUGUAAUUAUGGAGUUAGGCAUAUUUAAUGAUCCAAAUAAAUGACGCCUCAUAAAUUUAA